AAUGCUGUCGACCGAUGCCGAGAACUCAAUCGAGCAGUUUUUUUCCUCCCCAUAGUCCCCAUCGAGUAAUACCCCGUGGAUAUGUAUAGUGCAUCGGUCAUAUCUCUUAGAGGUUGCUGUCAACUUCUAGUUCUCGGGGCAUAUCCUAAAAUAACACCGUUCGGUCCGCAAUGAUUGGCUACACAAUUUCGACCACUUGCACCAAUCAUUGCGUGUCGAUCACGAGGCGACGAGGAGCACAGCCUCACCUGCACUCAGCAACCAAAUUGGAUACGCUUAUUCUCUCCCACUUCACCUUCCAAAUUGAUUGAUUCCAACGACGUAGGCUAUGCUAUGUCCGGACUAGAAGUCAUCGGUGUUGCUGCUAGCAUUCUCCAAGUCGUAGAACUUGGCACGCAUCUCUCAAUUAAGCUCUAUACAUUCUGUCGCAGGCUCAAAGACACAGACCAGCGCAUCCAAAGCCUGUCCAGCGAUGUCGCCUUGACGUGUAAUGUUCUACGUCAAUUAGGCGACAGCCUCCAACAGGAUGAGGAUGCGAAACUCUAUUCUAUAGAGGCAUUUGCAACAGCCCAACAAGUGCUAGGAGAAUGUAGAAAGGUGUUCCAACGGAUCAGCGAUGCGGUGGAUUAUCCCGAGCAGAAAGCCACGAAAGGCCUUCUCCAGAAGGCAGCAAGAAAGGUCGGCUUCUUGUGUAUUGAGGAAGACCUGGAGGUCCUCAGAGUCAACUUGGAGCGCCUGAAGUCAACCAUGCUUCUGAUGCUUAACGUAAUCAUGUAUGCUGGCCAGCUGCGUAGUCGAGCAGAAUCGAGCGUCCUCGAGGAGCAGCGAGAGCUGAUUCGCACACUUGUCGGGGAGAAGAAAACGUACGAAGCUCAAUUUGAACGUUUGUCAAAGGCCUUGGAGUCUGCCAAAGUUACGGAUAACCAGCCGAACGAAUCCCAGCUACCGGCCUCUCUUACCAUGACAUUUGCAUGCGAUGAUGCUCCGUUAACGAACGAAUUACUGUCGUCGGAGCUGCGAGAGUACGACGCCUUAGUGAAGAAAGUCUUGUCCGAGAUUGACGCCUAUCAGUCUAGAAUCGAAUAUGAUCAAUAUCGUCGAAUGAUAGACGACAUUCUACAAUGCUAUUACUCGGAAAUUAGCCACUGCGAAGCUCGUCAUGGUCAGCGAGUUGCACCGUGGUUCUGGGAACAAUAUUCUAUGCUCUGCAAGGAGUAUGCCGUGACUUCUUCCAAAUUCGACCAGUGGGCAAUAAGAAGCAGGCGUACAAAUGUGGAUUACGUUGCUUCAACUUCAGAAAGUGGCUAUGAACAGGGCUCUGUUGACCGGUUGAGGUCACGAAUCCAUGAAAAUAUAAACACGAAGCGGAAGAAGCAGUAUAUCGAGUCUGCGCCAUUCCAACAGCCAUCCAACCCAUUGGGUUAUGUGCAACAACCGGUCGGAGCUCAUGAAAUCACUGCAGAAAUACCCCCACUGCCUCGACCCCGCUUUUCAGAAUCAUCAAGGCCAAUGCCCCGGUGCGCGACAGGUAGUGCGGCAGUUGAAAUCUACCCGAAAAGGCCAGGUAGUUUCCCCAGGGGAGGCUAUGUAAAGACGAGAGAUACAGAUGACGUGGAGGCGUUUUUGAUGAAGUGGACAACUUUGAUUGAGAGUGAACCUGAUCAAUGACAUCAUUCGCGCUGUGACACGUGCAUUCUGUUCCACCGCCUACUCAAUUCAGGCAGUUCCUUGCCGGCAAAAGCAAAUCCUUCCGGUAGGCGGUCGGCUUUUCCAAGCCAUCGCAUCACUGGGAAUAAGAACGAGUGUUUCUCGAUAUUUUCGUAUGGUAGUAGAAGGCAUAUGAUGGGAAUUUAAUAAUCUUUCUAUUGUCGUUGAUAAUUCUCAAUCACAUAACAUAGAAAACAUCUUCUUGUUGAGCCAACAACUACUAGUUCGUAGUGCUCAGUUCACCCCAUUGUUCCCAUACUUCUCUGGUAAUAUAUAUUGCUGGGUCCUGA